AUGAAGCAAUUCACAUCCCUAGCUGCCGUCGCCGGGCUCGUUUCUCUUGUCCACGGCCAUGGCUUCGUCAGCAGCCCAACCCCUCGUUACCCUGGCUCGGCUUUUGAAGCUUCCUGCGGCCAGCAAGCCUACUAUACCGAAACAUCUGAUGUCUAUGGAAACGUUCAAGGCAUGCUCCAAGUUGCUGACAGCCAAAGUGACUAUAAUGCUGCUGAGUGCAAUGCUUGGCUGUGCAAGGGCUUCAAGUAUGCCGACAACAACGUCACUUACUCGUAUACGGCCGGUCAGACAGUGGACUUCGAAGUUACAAUCCACGCUCCACAUACAGGUGUCGCCAACGUCUCGGUCGUUGAUACCUCUACCAACACUGUCAUCGGUACCCCCCUGAUCUCUUGGUCUGUCUAUGCUUCCGUUUCAACGGGUGUGGCGGCGAACAACACCGCGUUCAGUGUUACUAUCCCUGACGAUCUGGGUGACCAGUGCACUACUGGUGGUGACUGUGUGCUGCAGUGGUACUGGUACGCCGAGUCCAUUGACCAGACCUACGAGUCCUGUGUCGACUUCACUGUCGAUGGCUCGGGCUCGAGCUCCAGCUCGGGUUCUACUGGCUCUACCUCCAGCGCUUCUACCGAGAUCGCUUCCUCGACUGCGGUGCCUUCUUCUACUUCUUCCGCCCCCACCUCCUCGGCCACCCCUACCGAGACCCCUACUCCGGCUGAGACUGCUACUCCCGUCGAGACUCCUACUGAGACUCCCGCGGUUGAGACCACCACUCCAGCUGUGAUUGCCACUUCUGUCCCCGCUGAGACCCUCGCUGCCUCUGCACUCGUGAACCCUAGCACUACCUUUGCCACUCAGCUCCGUGCAUCUGGGUCCGUUGCUUCAUCGACUGGCGUUGCGACUUCCGUGCCGAUCCCCGUCAAUGGCUCCGCCGAGGAGAAGUUGAGCUGGGUGGAGAGUGUGUUCAAGUACCUUGUCGGUAACAACUGA